CUCCCCGCCGUCGCUUCCCCGCCCCCGCCCGGCCCUUGGCCGGGCUCGGCAGCCGGGCCAUGGCGGGGCGAUGAGGGAACGGCCGCCCCUGCCCGCAGGCUUCGUGGGGAGGCGGGGAGCGAAGGGGCUGCGCGGCUCGGCGGCGCUGGAGCCGGGCGGCGGGGCGGGGGGAUGCUGGGCGCGGGGGCCGCGGCGCUGCAGCUCCUCUCCCGGGCCGUGAAGCAGGCGGCGGCGCAGGGCGCCCGGCAGGACCUGGGCCGCUGGCUGUCCCGAGCCGCCGGGACCGCGGCGGGAGGCGGCGGCAGCGGAGACACCAUCGGCUUCGUCCCGGCGGAGGCGGCGGGGGCCGGCGGGCUGCUACUGGGGCCCUGCGCGGACCAGGACGGGCUGCCGCCCGCGGAGCUGCUGCUCUGCCAGCUGCCCGAGCCGGGCGGCGGCGGGCAUGGGCUGGCCGAGGCCCGGGGCUGGCGCUGCUCUUGCUGCCUGCUGGGCACCUGCUGGUGCAAGAGCUGCCUCAGCCUGUGCGUCCUGGCUGCCUUCUGCUUCGCCUCGCUGGCCCUGGUGCGCCAGUACCUGCGGGAGCUGCUGCUCUGGGCCGAGAGCCUGGACAGCCUGGCCGGCGUGCUGCUCUUCACCGUGGGCUUCAUCGUCGUGUCCUUCCCGUGCGGCUGGGGCUACAUCCUGCUCAACGUGGCCGCCGGCUACCUCUACGGCUUCGUGCUGGGCAUGGGGCUGAUGGUGUUCGGCGUCCUCGUCGGCACCUUUGUCGCCCACGUGGCCUGCAAGCGGCUGUUGGCCCGCUGGGCACGGGCCAGGAUCCAGGGCAGCGGGACGCUCAGUGCCAUCGUCCGUGUCGUGGAGGGUGGCAGCGGCCUCAAGGUGGUGUUUCUGUCGCGGCUGACGCUGAUCCCCUUCGGGCUGCAGAACGCCGUCUUCGCGAUUACAGAUUUAUCACUACCCAACUACCUGAUGGCUUCUUCACUUGGGCUGCUUCCUACGCAGCUCCUGAACUCGUACUUGGGCACUACCUUGCGCACCAUGGAGGACGUGAUUGCAGAACAAAGUGUUAGUGGCUAUUUUGUAUUUGGUUUACAGAUUGUCAUAAGCAUAGGACUCUCGUUUUAUGUCGUUCACCGGGCUCAAGUGGAACUCAAUGCAGCGAUUGUAGCGUGUGAAAUGGAAAUGAAGACAUCGCUUGUUAAAGACACUCAGCCAAGCAUCAAUGGCUCAACCACAUACUGCAACAAGAGGACAGUAGCGUUCUCUGGAGGGGGUGUCAAUAUUGUGUGAUUUCAAGUAUUAAUGACUAAGUAAGGUUUUGUGAACCUAAGCUAGAAAUAUCUUGAACCUUGCCUAGAAAUAUCUAUGGACGAUUGAAAUGGAUCUUAAAAAAAUUACAGGUGAUUACAGGUUGUACUGUGGCACAAACCAACUGACCAGCUCUUUAAUUGCACAUGGGGUGACUUCUAGCAAGACAAGGAAGAUGGCAAAGUAACUUAAGAUGUAAAUGCAAAUUUGGCUGCACCUUUGGUCAUUUAUUAUGCCUGUCAUGGCCUGUAAUCUGCACUUUAAGUAGGUUUUUUUUCCUUUGCUCCUAUAAACUGAGAAAUGCUUCUAUAAACAAAAAAGUAGCACAGAGGUAAAUAUUUUUCUGCUUAGCAUUAUUUAUAAGGCUAAAUAAUUAUAUACAUUAGAAUUUUAUUACUGAUAGAGGUGAAUGAGAAAGUAUACAAUUCAAUGUAUGUUAUUCUUGAAUGUGCUUUUGGUUUGGAAUUGCUUCCAGAACUUGGAGUGUAUUAUUUAGCUAAUGAUGGGACCAUUUGGCUUUUUCUUCAUUUUUGAUUUUAAAAAAAAUAGAACCCUA